AUGCAGGCAACGCAGGUAACGCAGGAAAUGCAGGCAACGCGGGUAACGCAGGAAAUGCGGGAAACGCGGGAAAUGCAGGCAACGCAGGCAAUCCAGGUAACGCAGGAAAUGCAGGCAAUGCAGGCAACGCAGGAAACGCAGGAAAUGCGGGCAACGCAGGUAACGCAGGAAAUGCAGGAAACGCGGGAAAUGCAGGCAACGCAGGUAAUCCAGGUAACGCAGGAAAUGCAGGAAACGCGGGAAAUGCAGGCAACGCAGGUAAUCCAGGCAACGCAGGUAACGCAGGAAAUGCAGGCAACGCAGGUAAUCCAGGCAAUGCAGGUAAUCCAGGCAACGCAGGUAAUCCAGGCAACGCAGGGAAUGCAGGCAACGCUGGAAAUGCAGGCAACGCAGGAAACGCUGGCAACCAAGAUCAAUGCAGAGACAGUCAUCCAAAUUGUCUCAGAUAUGCAACACUGGGAUACUGCAACAACCCAAGGACUGCUGGGCAGAUGCAGGCUGGCUGCAAGGGCUCAUGUGGCGUUGGCGACGCCUGUUGUCGGGAUACGGAUCUAA